CUCCUCUGCCCAAUACACUUUCUCUCUCAAAAAUAUUCUUGUAUUUUAUUUCUUCAAGAGCUCAAAAGCUCCAUUAAUGGCUUUCUACGCCUAAAUCAUGUACCGUGUACACACCCCCGAUAUUAAUAAAAAUCCCCCGUUGGCAAGGUACCGCCAAAAAAGGCCCGUGGUUUUCUCCCGAUUUGGGUUUCCACGUAAAAAUCCUUGUGUUUAUAGUUUGGUGUAUUUUUUAGACAAGUUUAUCGUUUUUGUCGGGCUAAAACGAUAUACCGGUCGAUAAUUUACACUAUCAUUUUGGCGCCACCCGUGGGACCCGAGCAAAUAGCCGUGUUGCCAUAUUCAUUCAUUUUCCUCAAUAAAAAAAUGAAUCUCAAAACCAAUAUCCAGUUUUUACCAGAGUGUUCUGUAAGCCAUUUUGAGUCCCCUUUGUGCAAAAAUUGGGUCCAAAGUGCUAAUUUUGGGAGUCACUUCAACGUGUCAAUUGGGAGGUCGAAAAGGGAGUGUUUCACUCCAAGUUGUCGUCUUUCCUCAAAUUGACGGCUACCCGCUCGAGAUCCACCAUCAUGAAAGCUACUCUUGUUGUCGCUGCUCAAACCCGCCACCGCCGCCGAUGCUCAGACCUGCCGCCGCUGCUCAGAUCCGCCGCCUCCGCCGCUGCUCAAACAUGCCACCGCCGAAUUCAAUCGACGAGAUUGCCGCCGUCACCGAACUCAAUAGACGAGAUUGCCGCCGCCGGCGAACCCAAUCAUUGGUCGUUGGAGCCAUUCACCGCCAUCCACGUCUAGCGCCGGAGGGCCGCGUGAUGCUGACUAGCUGUUGUAUAUGUAGCCGCUCGAGUCUAUUGAUAACAUCUUGAGGUCCGCCAUUACUGACAAUGGAGUUGGAUUCGUCGCCGGCGUUGGUUGAAACUGAAGCCAGAGUCAACCACCCUUCUACUUGUUGCCGGAGGACGAUUCUCGUUCUCUUUUUCCGGCAUUAGUAGCCGCCCAAGUUCACCAUCUAGCUCGCACGGAAUCGGAAAACAAGUGCCACCUCGCACGUCGGAUUCAUCACCGGAGCGGAUUCACCGGCGGAGAACACAUCCAGCAAACUAAAAUUGCAUCUGCAGGUGCGGAUUCAUCGGCUUAACGGUUCCUGAAUUUUUAGGCGAAUUGGAGCACCGCCUAAUCGCCAAUCCCUAAUCCGCCAAUUGCAGAGCACCACAGGCGAUUUCAUAGCUUCCAUGCUUCCAGCGAAGUCCAGUUACUCCAGCGACUUCCCUCCGUUAGUGACUCUAUGCAACCCAGUUCACCACCAGACAAAAGACGCCGCCGUCAAAAGAGAUUAUUCACUCCUCUGCCCUUGGUCGGCUGCUUGUCCACCAUCGUCGCAGGAACGCUACAACACCGGUGGGCUUACCCCCGCAACACCAUGUGGGAGGUUCGUAGUCUCUAAAGCCAGUAGUCCGCUGGUAUUGUUAUUAUGCGGACAGCUGUUCUCGGCUUAUCAAUUGAGGGAGUUCCAGUGGAAUUUUGGCCGUCAAAACUAAAUUCCUUCCAAAGAGGAAGAGGACAAACAAAAAAAGUGGGAAGAAACCUACUUUGGAGAUAAGGUAGAUGCCAACCACUAAAAAAGAAACGGUUAUGACCGACUGACUGAGGAAUUCCAAUUGCUUCCGUCCAAAAAAGCAAAAUUGAAGAGAGAUAGUGGGGUGUCCAAGAAGUUGCCCCCACAUAUUUCACAAGGGCCCCACCAAUUGAUCAUUUUGAUGGGAGAUGCAUGUGCAUUGAACAUCACGGAAAGAGGGAGAAAUAAGCUCCUCACCUAUUUAUCAUGGGUCCCACCACUUACAAGUGAUGUUACAUUGCACCAAACAUUAUGGAGCAAUAAUUUGGGUAUUUGUACAUGCCUUUUGGACGAAUUCGGAGGGAAGACUGAGACACAAGCCGAGCUUGGUACGCUGGUUACAACACCGGUCUUGCUCAGUAUUAAAAAAAAAGAGGAAGACUGAGACACAGGCCCGGCCUGGCACGCUGGUUACUACACCGGUCUUGCUCAGUAUAAUAAAAAUGUUGUACAAAAAAAUUUUUUGAGCACGGCAUAGGCCGGUCAAAAAAAUGUUGUACAAAUUAUUUUUUACAGGAAAAACUUCUGAUUCAAGAAAUUGGAGAAUUAAUGAAGACUCGGAGGACUAGCAAUAAUAUCUACCGGUCAAGAAUUCAAAAUACGAAGACUGAAGAUUACACUCGGAGGACUUAUUUACUUUUUUAAGUUGAUGAUUCUCACAACUUGAAAAAGUGGAGGACUUCUUGAUGGGAAAUAAUACGUGGCUCGGCCCACAUUUCCCAAUUAUUUACGAAGAAUAAUCAAACCGGGUCUGUUCGUAAAAUGAAGGAAUAAGGGAAUAUUCCUCCGAAAAUGCUCCCCUCCUUCCUAUAAAAGAAGGGGUUGCCUAAUUGAGAAGGGAGGCCAAUUUCAUUCAUCUCCAGACGGGUUAUGUGAAAGAGACUCAAAAAUAUUCUUGUAUUUUAUUUCUUCAAGAGCUCAAAAGCUCCAUUAAUGGCUUUCUACGCCUAAAUCAUGUACCGUGUACACACCCCCGAUAUUAAUAAAAAUCCCCCGUUGGCAAGGUACCGCCAAAAAAGGCCCGUGGUUUUCUCCCGAUUUGGGUUUCCACGUAAAAAUCUUUGUGUUUAUAGUUUGGUGUAUUUUUUAGACUAGUUUAUCGUUUUUGCCGGGCUAAAACGAUAUACCGGUCGAUAAUUUACACCAUCAGAAAUUGUAUUACAAUUAUACAAUUAUAUCACUUCAUUAAUUAUACCAAACAAAAGAUUUAGAAUUGAGUUAAGAUUCAAUAUUAUAGAAUUUUAAUUCACAUCCAAUUCCAAUUUUGUGCAACAAACGGAGCUUAAAAUUAUUUGUUUAAAAAAAGAAGAAGUCAACGAAACUAUGUGGGGGGGGGGGGAGUGUAACUAAAAGUGCACCCCUAGGCCCCUGCAUUAGGCCAUCCGUUGUGCGGCGUGCCCCCAAGGCGUCACGAGCCUCACGCCCCCGACUGUGGUAGCCAUCUCGCCAAGGUGACCUUCUUU